UUGGAGAUUCAGCUGGCAGAGUGCUCAAGGAGGAGGAAAGCUCCUCCCACUUCUCCCAGCCUCUUCCAUCUCUUAAAAACUCACAUCUCUCUGCACACCACCCACAGAGGAAGCUCUUCUGCCAAAGGGACAGUGCUAAAAGACCCAAACAAAGGAGACAAUGGCAAAGAAGGUUGCGGUGAUUGGAGCAGGUGUUAGUGGCCUGAUCUCUCUGAAGUGCUGUGUGGAUGAGGGUCUAGAGCCCACUUGCUUUGAAAGGACUGAAGACAUCGGAGGACUGUGGAGAUUCAAAGAAAAUGUGGAAGAUGGCCGAGCAAGCAUCUAUCACUCUGUCAUCACCAACACCAGCAAAGAAAUGUCCUGCUUCAGUGACUUCCCGAUGCCCGAGGACUUCCCCAACUUCCUGCACAACUCUAAACUCUUGGAGUAUUUCAGGAUUUUUGCCAAGAAGUUUGAUCUUCUAAAGUAUAUUCAGUUUCAGACAACCGUCGUUAGUGUGAAAAAACACCCAGAUUUUUCAUCUUCUGGCCAAUGGGAAGUUUCUACUCAGAGCAAUGGCAAGGAGCAACAUGCUGUCUUUGACGCAGUUAUGGUUUGCAGCGGCCAUCACAUCCAACCUCACCUGCCACUGAAGUCGUUUCCAGGUAUCGAGAAGUUCAAAGGCCAGUAUUUCCAUAGCCGCCAAUACAAGCACCCAGCUGGGUUUGAAGGGAAACGCAUCCUGGUUGUUGGAAUAGGCAACUCAGCCACAGACAUUGCCUCAGAACUGAGUAAGAAGGCCUCGCAGGUGUUUAUCAGCACCAGACACGGUGCCUGGGUCAUGAGCCGAAUCUCUGAAGAUGGCUACCCUUGGGACAUGGUGUUCCACACUAGGUUUAGCAGCAUGCUCCGAAAUGUCCUGCCACGCACAGUCGUCAAGUGGAUGAUGGAACAGCAAAUGAAUCGAUGGUUCAACCAUGAAAAUUAUGGUCUGGUGCCUCAAAACAAAUACCUUAUGAAAGAACCUGUGCUAAACGACGAUCUCCCCAGCCGAGUGCUGUAUGGAGCCAUCAAGGUGAAAACAAGAGUCAAAGAGCUCACGGAGACGGCUGCGAUUUUUGACGAUGGCACAGUGGAGGAGGACAUUGAUGUCAUUGUCUUUGCCACGGGCUAUACUUUCUCUUUUCCUUUCCUUGAAGAUUCGCUUGUGAAAAUGGAGGAUAAUAGGGUCUCGCUGUACAAAUCCAUGUUCCCCCCUCACCUGGAGAAGCCAACCCUUGCAUGCAUGGGUCUCAUCCAGCCUCUAGGAUCCAUCUUCCCAACUGUGGAGCUUCAGGCGCGUUGGGCAACGAGAGUUUUCAAAGGCUUGUGUAGCUUGCCCUCAGAGAGUACCAUGAAGGUGGACAUUGUUGAAAGAAAUGAAAAAAGAAUUGACCUGUUUGGAAAAAGCCAGAGCCAGAUACUGCAGACCAAUUACAUUGACUACUUGGAUGAACUCGCCUUGGAGAUAGGUGUGAAGCCAGACCUCAUCUCUCUCUUUUUCAAAGACCCUAAACUGGCUGUGAAACUCUACUUUGGGCCCUGCAAUUCCUACCAGUACCGCCUGGUUGGACCUGGGCAGUGGGAAGGAGCCAGGAAUGCCAUCCUCACCCAGAAACAGAGGAUCCUGAAGCCCUUAAAGACCCGAAGUCUGAAGCCUUCAUCCAACAACUCAGCAUCCUUCCUGCUCAAAAUCCUGGGGCUUUUGGCUAUUAUCCUGGCCUUCUUUUUCCAACUUCAGUGGUUGUAACCUGUCAGCAUGACACUUUUUCCCAUCAGUGCCUCUCAUUCAUCAGUGCCUCUUUGAAAAAAGACUAAAGAAAUUACAUCUAUAUUAUAAUUUUUACAGUUCAGGGUAACAAGUAGGAUAACUAAUUAUAGGGAGAUUAGAAGAAUUGGGUCUAGAUAUAAAACUAAAAUUAAGGUCAUGGAAUAUAUUUAUCAUCCUACUCUUUCCUGAAAUUCAUCAGUCUCCAAACAGUAUUAUACAAUAACACCAACACAGAUAGAUAGUGCUUCCAGACACAGCGGUUUUGAAUUAUAUGAAAAAACAAAUUAUGCAGAAUAAAAAACAAGUCAUAGCUGGGCAUGCUGGCUCAUGCCUUUAGUCAUGGCACUUGGGAGGCAAAGGCAGGCAGAUCUUGGUGAGUUUGAAGCAAACAUGGUCUACAUAGCAAGUUCCAGGACAGCCAAGACUACAUAGAGAGACCCUGUCUCAAAAAGAAAAGCAAGUUAUAUAGGUUAGGUAACUGAACAAUUUACACCGUGGUAGACGUUUCAAAUCCCAUGCACUGAGCUCCAUGCUGUUUCUACGCACACUGUGCUCACAGUUCCCAGGUCUUAGGGUCUUUUGUCUCGAUGAGGUUACUCAGAAAUACCUGUAGCCAAAAUGAGAUGAUAGACCAAAUGCAACGACUUUAAGUGACUCACAUUGCAAGCUAAGCUAAUAGACACAGUUCCUGUAUAUUGACAGAAACACUGAUGCAAAAAUGAAAAUAAUAUGCCCUAGCUACAACAUAUAGAUAGAUAUUGGAUCUCACAGAUUGGACAUUGUUCUAUGUGUACAUCAUGUAUAUUACUUUAUUUAAUUCUCACAGAAAUUAUGAGAUGGGUAGAGCUUUGAUAGAUGACACUGAGGGACAAUUAUGGAGCAUGCCCUUAGCCACUGGUCUUGAGAUGAAGCUUCUACUGGAGCCUAGUUUGUUGAGCUCUGGAACUAAAGGUUGUAACCUCACAUGCAAUAUGCUUAUUUAUUAAAACUUCCACUCUUGAUAAAGUA